UACGUUUUAUAGGCUUUCCUCUCUAUCGAUUUUCCCGUCCCUCCUUCUUCAUUCUUUCAUUUCUGUUAGAAAACUCCAUUCUCAUCUUUUUCCAGUAAUCCCCCACUCUCCUCAUCCAUUCCUUCAUUACUCUCUGUUGAUUAUCGCUGUGGUUUUCUGUGGGCUCGAACUCGUAUUGGAACAUAGAAGCUUUGUAAGAAAUUGGGUGAUCCAGCAUCAGCCUCAGUCGGAAAUGAAUCGGAUAUGGAUAAGGAUUUGAAAGAAUGAAGGUGAAUUUCGAUGAGCUGUGUGAUGGAGAUAAGAUUCUGGUGUUUUUCAAGAGGUGUUGAAUGAGUGGAAACAGGAGCUGGAUGAGAUGGGUGAGGCUGAAAAGAGAACGGCAAAAGGGAAGUCCAUGGUAGCCACGUUUAAGCAGUGCGCUCGUUACUUGAAUCCAUUGUUCAAGUUCUGUAGGAAGAAGGUGCUUCCUGAUGAUAUCCGUCAAGCAUUGUUGGUGGUGGCCGAAUGCUGCAUGAAGAGGGACUACCUGGCUGCCAUGGACCAUUAUAAUAUGGAAAAUAAUGAGGAUGUCAAUGGAUGACACUUCUUUGUUUACUUUCAGGAUGCAGAUGAUUGGCAUGUAAGGUGUUGAAAAUAUGGAAAAUAAUGAGGGUGUCAAUGGAUGCACUUUGUUUACCUUCAGUUUGUACUUGCGUUGCGUUUUUAUUAUUUGUAAUAUGCUUGUAAUGUGUAGAGUACACUAGAGGUGUUCUUGGGAAUGAUAGUAAUACAUAAUCUGAAAUAUAUAAUUUCUAGUA